AUGGGCGCGCAGGCCGGCGGCGCCGGGGAAUUCCGCCGCCCCGCCCCCACCCGCCCGGCCCAGCCCGGCCUGCGGCCCCAGCCCUUCCCGCGUGUGUUUUGGUCUGGGCUGGCCACCGGGCCGUCCGUCCCUGGCCUGGCCAUGCCUAGUCGCCGCGUCGGCAGCUCGUCCGCUGCGCCAGAGCUGGGGACCUUGGGCUCCCAGGACUUCUCGCACUCGCUGCGUGUUUCCAGGACAGACGAUUUGGAGAUCAUCGACGAGUUCAUUAAGGAGGAGGGCUUCGGCGUGGACGGGACGCUGCUGGGCCCCGGUGGCGAGGGGCGGCCGCGCCUAGUGGCCCGGGGCGGGCCGGCCUCCCUGAGCACCGUCACGCUGAGCCCCGCGGCGCCCGCGCCCCCCGCCACGCCGCCGCCCUGGGGCUGCGCGCUGGGCCGCCUGGUGCCCCCCAGCUCGGGCCCGGGCCCGCGGCCGCACCUGGUCAUCACCGAGCAGCCCAAGCAGCGCGGCAUGCGCUUCCGCUACGAGUGCGAGGGCCGCUCGGCCGGCAGCAUCCUGGGCGAGGGCAGCACCGAGGCCAGCAAGACGCUGCCUGCCAUCGAGCUCCGGGACUGUAUAGGUCUGCGGGAGGUGGAGGUGACCGCCUGCCUGGUGUGGAAGGAUUGGCCCUACCGCGUGCACCCACACAGCCUUGUGGGGAAGGACUGCACGGACGGCGUGUGCAGGGUGCGGCUCCGGCCUCACAUCAGCCCCCGGCACAGCUUCAACAACCUAGGCAUCCAGUGCGUAAGGAAGAAGGAGAUUGAGGCCGCCAUUGAGCGGAAGAUCCAGCUGGGGAUCGACCCCUACAAUGCCGGGUCCCUGAAGAACCAUCAGGAAGUGGACAUGAACGUCGUGAGGAUCUGCUUCCAGGCCUCAUACAGGGACCCGCAGGGACAGCUGCAGCACUUGGACCCGGUCCUCUCAGAGCCCGUCUACGACAAGAAGUCCACGAACACCUCAGAGCUGCGGAUCUGCCGAAUCAACAAAGAGAGUGGGCCGUGUACGGGGGGUGAGGAGCUCUACCUGCUGUGUGACAAGGUGCAGAAAGAGGAUAUCUCAGUGGUGUUCAGCAGGGCGUCCUGGGAAGGCCGGGCUGACUUCUCGCAAGCCGACGUGCACCGCCAGAUUGCCAUCGUGUUAAAGACGCCGCCUUACGAGGACCUGGAGAUUGCAGAGCCCGUGACGGUGAACGUGUUCCUGCAGCGGCUCACGGAUGGCGUCUGCAGCGAGCCUUUGCCCUUCACUUACCUGCCCCGAGACCACGACAGCUAUGGCGUGGACAGGAAGCGGAAGCGGGGGAUGCCUGACUUGAUGGGAGAGUUGAAUAGCUCUGAUCCCCAUGGCAUCGAGAGCAAACGGCGGAGGAAGAAGCCAGCCUUUCUGGACCACUUCCUGCCCAGCCACAGUUCAGGCCCGUUCCUCCCGCCUGCAGCCUUACUGCCAGACACGGACUUCUUCACUGGCACAGUCACCCUCCCUGGCCUGGAGCCCCCCGGUGGGCCAGAUCUCCUGGAGGACAGCUUUACCUACGACCUCUCAGCCCCCACGCUCUUGAACAUGCUGGACAUACUACCCCCGGCUCCCCCACUAGCCAGCGCUGUUGUGGGCAAUGGGGGUGCUGGGGCUGCCAUUGGGGAGCCCCCUGGCCCUGAGCCACUAACGCUGGACUCAUACCAGGUCCCCGGCCCUGGGGAUGGAGGCACCGCUAGCCUUGUGGGCAGUAACAUGUUCCCCAAUCAAUACCGCGAGACGGGCUUUGGAGGUGGCCUUUUGUCCCCAGGGCCCGAAGCCACGUAGCCCCUGCACCACCGGAGGAGAGAUGCUGGGGGUCUGGGAGGGAGGCAGCAGGGCUAGGGGCACCCAGCCAGGAUGCCCAGCACCCCCAUCUCAGUUGAUCAGCCCUCCUCCUUCAAGCAACCGGACAUUGUUGACACCGCAGAGAAGCUGCAUCGGCACGCCGAUUUCCCCCUGGGCCCAUUUUACAGAUGAGAAAGCUGAGUCUGGAGAGGACAGAGCUUGCCUCUCAUGCACUAGCUCCUUGAAACUGCCUCAGCCCCAAGAGGGGGCCCCCCCUUCUCCAGGGCACAUCUGGAGCGUAUAAAGGGGAGGAGGACGCAGAUCCCCAGCCCUCCUUCCCUAGUCCUGAAGGUGUGUGGGGGGUGUUUGUUCAGAGUCUUCCCAAUAAAGAUGAGUUUUUG